ACCAACAGAAGUACGUUCUCUUCAGAGAAAGACGGUCACUCUUUCUCUCCCAGAAGUCUGUCUACCUGGUAGAUCUUCGUCAGCGUCUGCUGGACGGUUGGCGCCUCUUCUGCUGAUAGAGAGAAGAGUUGGACGCCUCUUAUCUACCUCACUGAUUCAUUGUAUCAUCGCUGAUACAUCACUGAUUCAUUGAUUCAUCGCUGAUACAUCACUGAUUCAUUGAUUCAUCCCUCAGCAGUGGAUGAUCUGCGGCUUGGACAUGCGUUUUCAGAUAUCAACCAUUUGUGUUCUAUUCGUGCUCUCCAGUAGCAGGUUGUGUUAUGGAGGCGACGUUGCCCUCGCCACUUUAAAAGCAUCCGUCAAAUUUCCAGAGGAAUCAAGCGAUGAUCAUCAAUCAAAUGCCGGAUCUGAUUUGUACGCAACAGCAAGCCAGCAGCACGCGACCUCUGUUGCCAGCUUCAAGUUAUUCAAUGCAGCUGGGGAGGAGGAGGAGUAGGAGGAGGAUCUCACUAUCCAUAUCAACAGACACAUGAGGAGCCCGGUUCACAGAGCGGCAAAGGUUUCUUCCAGAGCUACUCUUCAAACGAACGUCAGCCGUUGACGGCAACCACAUACGGCCCGCCGAAACCAAUGCCUUACCGCAACUCACAUCCGUCGUCGAUAGCGACGGCGACCGCAGCGCCGCGACGACCCGCACCCGUCUACCGACAUCGCGGAGUCGUGCUGCCUGCCAAACUCACUCUACCCUACGGCCAGCCGCAGCCGCAAGGAUCACCGGAUGUCAAGUACGCGCGACCCCAAACUGAUUUCAGAAAAUUCUACAAGAAAGCACCAGAAGUGUCAGUGGUUCGCAAACCCUCUAGUCCAUACAAAUAUGUCCAGUCCAGCAUCACGGACAGUGGCUCAAAAUUUACAACCUCUCCAUACAAGGAUGACUACACAAAAAGCUACAAGAUAAAGCAGACUUCCAGCAGUCCCUACAAGAGCAGCCAUACAUCAGACAAUUCCAAUGAGAAUUACAACGGAUUCAGCUCUCAGGAAACUGACCCACUUCCUGACCCUUUCUCCAAAGAGUUCUACGAUGUCUACUACAAAGCCAAAGAAAAUAGAUACCAGCAACAGCUUCAGGUUACAAAACCAACUACAACUCCUCCGAGAAAACCUAGCCAAAUACUACAAGAAACCAGUAAACCACUUCUCGGCCAAACCUGCCUCCAACUCUCCCUACAAGAGCACACCAGGAAAGGUGUUCAGCGACUCUCUCGACUACACGAGACCCGACUUCUACAAGAACCCAUCGUCGUCCCACUUUGGUUCCUCAUCUCCAUCGUCGUCCAAAUAUGGUUCCUUAUCUUCAUCGGCGUCUCACUUUGGUUCCUCAUCUCCAUCGACGUCCCACUCGGGUUCCGCGUCGUCGUUCUACGGCGGUGCAGCCUCAGGGCUGGCUCCUGUCUCCACCAAACUCGGCUCCUCCGAAUGGACUCCGAUAAAUGCUCCAGCUGGAGCCGUUCCGGCCAGGUCCUUCGACAUUUCUCCGCCCGAUUUAUCCAGAUCUCAUUCUCAACAGUCUCAAUAUCCUCAACAAUCUCAAUAUUCUCAACAUCCCCAGCACACAUAUCAGCCAAGGCAUGACUUUGCACAGUCGACAAAUACAAUUAAUUACAGAACAGGUGCCAGUUCCGAGGGUAUUGUCUCGGCCGAUGUUAUGGUAAAACAAUGAGUCAACCCUGAUCAGAUCUGUCAUUUCCAAAUCUGUAAUUAUUAGGAAACAUGAUUUUGUUUCUUCUCCACUAGCUACUGUUCAAACCAAAAGGUGCAUACAGACUUAUGCGCCCAACAAAAGAAAGUGUAGUAAGAAGAAUGUCAACAUCAAUUUCGAGGACUAUCUUCAAUAGAUCAUAAAAUCAACAAGCGUUUUAACAAUUUAGUUGUCAGUUCUCAUUAGGUGCGUACAGCUUCAAGCGCCCCGAACACACGCAUUUCAUUGUUCUUCAGAUGAUUAUAAUAUCUGUAUUUGUACAGGAACGCAAGUUUUUUCUAUGCUUAUUAUAUCUGUAUUUGUAUAGGAACAAUUAGAUACAGAUAUAGUGAGCAUAGCAUCAUCUAAUAAAAAGUGGAAUACGCGUGUUCGUGGCGCUUGAAGCUCAAUGCACCUCAUUGAUGAGAACCGGCAACUAAAUUGUUAAAACCCUCGUUGAUUUUAUGGUUUAUUGAAAACGCUCAUUGGAAUUGUAGUUGAGAUUCUUCUUACUACGAUUUCUCUUGUUGUUAGAUAUUCUAGAAUGAGAGAUGAGUAGCUACUGGAGGUCACAUCCUUGAUCGAGAUUUUAUACAAAAAUCAUCAGAAUCUUUCUCUGGUAAAGUUAUUUCCCUGAUUGAUCUCAAAUAAUAACCAUUGAUUUUCAUGAGGAAUGAUUUCCACAGAGAUUGAUAUUUGGAUAAUGUAUUUCAAUUGAGAUAUUUUAUAAGACGUUACAAAGGAUUCAUUUGAUCCAAAUCUAACGUUUGUUACCGUGAUUUAUUUAAAAUAAUAAUUUAUCGUAAUAGUAAACUUCUUUUACAUAAUCAUACUCUUAGUUCAGUCACUAUAUACAUUAGCGUUCUCCAUACCCCAUUUUUAUGUCUAUAUCGACUGGACUAUUUCGACAUAUUCAUGAUACUUGUAAGAAAUGAAACAAUGAAAAUAGUCAUAUCAUCAAUUAAUUGUUUUGAAUUUUAUUUCAAUUCAUAAAAUAAUAAAAAUUAUUUAUUCGUCUAAUCUAGAAAGAC